GGCUCCCUGCGCUCCUCGGCUGAGCCCGGGGAUGUGCCGGCGCCCGGUGGAAUUAUUUUGGAACUAGCGCGGAGCGGUGGGAGGAGGGCGAGCGGCACAGCGUUUCACCAGCUGCGAGGAGGUCGUCCGGCUGUGCUGUAUAGGCAAACAAAUAUCACUUGCUGUGUCAUAGCACAUGGAUUUCAGGACUGCCUGUGAAGAGACAAAGACAGGGGUUUGUUUGCUGCAGGAUGGUAACCAGGAGCCUUUCAAAGUGCGACUGCACUUAGCCAAAGAUAUUUUGAUGAUCCAGGAGCAGGAUGUGAUCUGUGUGUCUGGUGAGCCUUUCUAUUCUGGUGAAAGAACAGUAACGAUCAGAAGACAAACUGUAGGAGGAUUUGGAUUAAGUAUAAAGGGUGGAGCUGAACAUAAUAUUCCAGUGGUCAUUUCUAAGAUUUCCAAAGAACAAAGAGCUGAACUUUCAGGUUUACUCUUUAUAGGAGAUGCAAUUCUACAGAUUAAUGGAAUUAAUGUGAGAAAAUGCAGGCAUGAAGAAGUGGUUCAGGUCCUUCGCAAUGCGGGGGAAGAAGUGACCCUAACUGUGUCCUUUCUGAAAAGAGCACCUGCCUUUCUCAAACUGCCACUGAAUGAAGACUGUGCAUGUGCCCCCAGUGACCAAAGCAGCGGCACAUCCUCUCCGCUAUGUGACAGUGGUUUGCAUCUCAACUACCACCCCAACAACACGGAUACGUUAUCAUGUUCCUCAUGGCCAGCAUCCCCAGGACUUAGGUGGGAAAAAAGGUGGUGUGAUCUUCGAUUAAUUCCACUUCUACAUUCACGAUUUUCCCAGUACCUUCCGGGAUCAGAUUUGUGCAGGCAAAAUGCAUUCCAAGUAAUUGCUGUGGAUGGGGUUUGCAGUGGAAUAAUUCAGUGUCUCUCCGCUGAAGACUCUAUUGACUGGCUACAAGCAAUAGCAAGUAACAUUUCCAACCUCACAAAGCACAAUAUUAAAAAAAUCAACAGGAAUUUUCCCGUAAACCAGCAGAUAGUCUACAUGGGCUGGACAGAAGAACGGGAACAGGACUCUCUUCAGGAUCGAAUGUACACACCAAAGUUUCUAGCACUGAGAGGAUCUUCCCUCUAUAAAUUUAUAGCACCUCCAGUCACAACCUGGGAUUGGACACGAGCUGAGAAAACAUUUUCAGUUUAUGAGAUAAUGUGCAAAAUUCUCAAGGACAGUGAUCUACUGGACCGGCGGAAACAUUGCUUCAGUGUCCAGUCUGAAUCUGGAGAAGAUCUUUACUUUUCUGUGGAGCUAGAGUCUGACCUAACACUAUGGGAAAAAGCCUUCCAAACAGCGACUUUUUUAGAAGUUGAACGGAUACAGUGCAAGACAUAUGCAUGUGUUUUGGAGAGUCAUCUUAUGGGACUUACCAUUGACUUUAACACGGGCUUUGUUUGUUUUGAUGCUGCCACAAAGGCUGUGCUUUGGAGAUACAAGUUUUCCCAGCUCAAAGGUUCUUCAGAUGAUGGGAAGAGCAAAAUCAAGUUUUUGUUCCAAAACCAAGAUACUAAACAAAUUGAAGCAAAGGAGCUGGAGUUUUCCAACCUGUUUGCAGUCCUUCACUGUAUCCACUCAUUCUUUGCAGCCAAAGUGGCUUGUUUGGACCCUUUGUAUGUAGGCAGCCAAGCCACAGCUUCUGCUCUUCCCACAACUUCUGGUACUGGCAAAUUAAAGUAUACUACUUGACAUCUCAUAUGACAGCACUGCCACUUAACAAGGACACAUAACAAUGUAUAAAUAUUCAUAAGAUUUAGACCUUUGGUGAACCAUGUACGUGGAAACCAAUCCUGGAGGCAAGACAUACUGCAGCAUCAGCAGAUAAAUGGUCACAUGGGAUCAUAAUUUCAUCUCAGUUCUGCAAGACGUCAGUAAAUAAUACUAGUCGAAACCCCAGAAUAGGAUGGAUAUGCUUUUAGUAUUAUCUAUUUGUACUUACAUAGUGCUUUAAACAACACUGGAAGCAAAGGAAUAAAUGAUGAAAUGAAGCACUUGAGUAUUUAAUAAAAAUUUCAAAUUGCUGUAAUAAUACGCAAAAAGAAUUGUCAUUUUCCUGUUUUCAGAUUUUUUUAUGACAAUAUACUAAACUCUGAGUAUGAAUAUAAUGCCCUAUCAUUAUAUUAUAAAUGAGAGCAAGCAGCAAGCAUAUAAUACAUGAUGAAAAGGAGAUAAGCAUGAAAAGUCAUUUGUGUAAGUAUCUCCUCAAGUAAGAAAGCACUUUAAACACUGCUGUAAAUCCAUACUUGUGUCCAUACAUGGAAUCAUGCUACUUUUUCCAUUUUGUUUUCUUAGUCUAACAGUAACAACAACAAAGAUAUAGCCAUACUGGACUGAUAAAUUAAAACCAAACCAAAAAAAAACAAGCCACAAAAAGCAAAACACCUUUUCAUUGGUAAGACCCUCUUCUUCAAGUAAAAAUAAUGGCAUAUGAAUUUAAUUUUAAUAACAAAUUAAGUGCAAGUACAAAAAAUAUUGUCAGCUAUUUACUUCCUCUUUUUUUUGUCAAGAAUACUGUAAAUCUAACAGUCUUUGUUCACAAGAUUAUGAAUUUGUUUCAGAGACAACCCACUUAAUAUGUUUCUUCCAUGGUUUAACUUUGAUUUCACGUCAUAAGUAGGAUGUCUGCUCCACUCAAGCUCUCAAGAAAUAGACAUUUUACGUUAUGCUUGGAAAAUUAGUUCACUCUUUGAAUUCUUAAUAAUUUAUAUUUUAUAGAUCUACAUCGUUAGUAAAAAACAGGAAUAAUUUAAAUAAGCUGUAAUGAAUAGAUUACAAAAUGGAUAAUUUCUUUGUCUGUUAAGACCAUUACAUCAGUCUGGACCACGUACUAAUUCGAGAGUAUCAUUUAAAGUUGAAAUAUGAGGGACUUGUAAAUUUAAAAUUAAUAACUUUAUUUAAUUACAAUUUUGCAAAAUAAUUUGAUGCUGUGCUAUGACACACAUCAGUGAACAUGGGAAAAAGGUGUGAGGAUGUGUGUGAUAUAGUUGAAACAACAGAAAAGGUGAGGGAUUUUUUCUUUUGAUAAACAGGAAAGAGAACCAAAAAAUACAGGAAGAACAAUUAGUGAGCUACAGUUUGGGCAAAACAUUUUUAGUAGUAUUUGUGGGUUUUCUGCUUAUUAUAUUGUAAUCAAAACUUCCUUUCUUCCCCCCCCCCUUAGACUUGUUAAUAACAGGUAUGGGCUAGGGACACCAUCUGCCUUUUUUAGCAGACAGGCAAAUUCUUUCGCAUUCCUUUCUACGUAUUAAGAUAAUUAAAAACUUCAAAAGUGAGGCCAGAGAAAAGCUUAUCAAAAUGGGAACAAUUCAAACUGCAAGGCAGGGGCAAAAGAUUAACAAAAUGUAGGCGCAAAUCAUGUCUCUGUUUUAUUUUGCUUUGCAUUAGAAGUAUUUAGAUUUACAUAUGUGGGAGUUACAUUGCUUUUAAGUAUAACUGAUCUAACUUGAUACUAGCUCCAAAUAAUCAAAAAAUAUAUUUUUCUGAGGACUCUUUUAUCACUUUCAAAUGUUUUUCAGUACACAUUUACUUCCUUUUGGUACACCUCCAAGGGCUACACAUUUAUUUUUAAUUUUAAAUAUAGUAGAAGGAUGUCAUAAUCCAGCUAUUAAAUACUAUAAGUGUCAUCAAAAUCCAACAUAUUCAUAGGCAUCAUCAUGUAUUUGUUCAUAUGAAUCGUCCUUAAAUAAGGGCAUCACGUACUGGUCUCUGAGUGACAGAUAGAACUACUAUGGCUGUCCAUAGGAUCUUGAGUUUGCUCCUGGGAGAGUACAAUCCCCAAAUACUUUGAAUCCAAAGCUGCAACAGUCUAAGAGGUUUAACAGUUGUGUCCUCGUCAAGAAAGCAUAUACUGGAAACACAGAUCUUGGCAGAGUGCUGACAGUGCUGAAAACAGAAGUCUGAUAUCUGUUAAUGACAGUUCUCCUCCUCAGUGCUCCCAAAUCAUCUCCUUCUUUCAGUGCAUUGCUGUGGCAUGCAGCUAUCACAGUGUCGGCAUACACUAACACCUCAGUCCAUGCUCUGCUGGCACUGGCAGAAUCUAAAACUAGUCAGCUGCCAGUUGAAUGUUUUUCUUGCAACUGUCCAUGUUAUGUGCACUUUUGUACCACUGAAACUGAGAGGUAUUUAAGAGAUGUGCUUGCAUGAGCAUAACAUUUACCCAAACCAGCACUAAGUAUGUCAUUGGAAAUUUCUGUAGAUGAAGAGAUUCCAUUAUAUGACAGCCCCCAGAAAAAUCAAAAUACUAAAAAUUAUCAUUGUGCAGAACGGAACUAAUGACAGGAACUUUUGGGACACCAGGGUGUCCUGAAGAUCUCUGACAAGUAUUCUUUUUGUAGAACCUCUGUAUUCAUCACCGAGACUUUUGCAAGUGGGCAUUAAAUACACAACAUUUAAGAAACACAUUAGCCUGUAAAUUGAUUUUCUUUUUGUUUUUCUAAAGAGGUCAACUGGCAGGACUUAAUCAAUACUUUAUUUUCAGAAAGAUAAAAUUGAUACUGAGAGAAUAUAAGACGUCAUAGCCUUGACUGUAGGUCAACAUUUAUUUUUUAAUGCAGCAGGGGUUUGUGCAGUGACGUCACAGAAUAUUCAGAGGUGCCUCUGCAUCCAACCUGACCCUUGUAAAGCAAGUUGGUCGGAAAUUCAGUCUUGAACCAAAGAGGGAAAGUUUAAACUCUGUGUUAUAAGUAAUCCUUAAAUACCAAAACAAAAUUUACAAACAUAUUAAAAGGCUACAUUUUUCAUUUAAAUGCCUACAAGAGGUUCCCAUUCAAAGCAUAGGGAACUUCAUAUGUAUAUGUCAAAACUCAGGCUUUAUGUUGCAGCCUGUCAUUUCACACUUAAUAUAAAAUGAAUAAAAGUAUUUCAUAAGUACACACAGCCCAGAGACAAUGAAAAAAAACACAAUUAUGAGCCAUCAGCUUUUGCUAAAAUAUGAGUAUGCAAGUGGAGGCAAAUAUUUUAAGAAGAAAGGGCAAACCAACCAACCCAUAAUAUGUAAUUUAUUUUCUUUAUGUCAUGAUACUGUCAAGUUAGUUUAAUAAAGAAAAUUCUUUAUAGUACUGUGCCUAUUGAAGUGAUGUUAUACAGUAUACCAAAAAUACACUUGGUUUGAUUUGCUUUGCUUUGUGAUGGGAAUUUUAGAUAAUCUGAUCUUCAAAGAACUAAUCAUAUGAUAAGUUAUAGUGUUAGCAUAAUUUUAUUAGGGAAGUGUUACUGGUUUGAAUACAUAUUAUUCUUGAUUUCAUCAGUAAAUGAAUACAUUUCUUUUCCUAAAUCUGUUUAAAAAUACAGUUAGAGAUUUUCAAAAGAGCUUUGCGUUCUAGUAGCAUGAAGGCAUCUUUGAAAUAAAGAUCAGCAUAUUUUUUAGCUGUUCACCAUUUUAUUAUCUUAAUUAAGUGCAGUAAGUUUGUGGAGACAAGCUAAUUGUGUGCUAUUUUUUAAAACCAGUAACUGGAAGGGUUUUUUUGCAAUUCAAACUAGAAUUUUUAAGAAUGCAAAUCAAUAAUACACAGUAUCAAUUUGCUUUGAGAUGAAAAUCAUCUCAAAGUCAUCUUAUUUUCUGGAUUAGUCCUUGAUUCUACAAAAAUAUAUUUAUUUAUUUUAGACAUGUGGACUUUUCAGAACACCUCAAAGUGCACAAUCAAACGUGUAGGUAGUUUUCAGCACUGCAACCUGCUACUUUAAUUGUGAUUUGGUUUAUUCAAUGCCUUAAGAUGUUUCUUGAAUCAGAAAAAAAUGUUAAAAAAGUUGAAGAUCUCAUGAAUGUAUAACAGUUUUCCUUAGAAAGUCAGACCAGUUUUCAUUCUGCUUUGACUAUUCCAAGGAAGCUUUUGGAAAUUUUAUUAAUAUUAAACACUAAUCCUUGCAUUUGACUUUCCAUUUCUUUAUGGGAUCUGGUCUCUGAAAAAGUAUAGUGUCUGAACAAAUGUUUAAACUGAUUUUAAAAUUUCUGUAUCAGGGAAUUAUGAGUUUGUGCUUUGGACUCGCACCUCUGACCAGUUCAGUAUGAUGGGAAACAUGAGAGACUCACUCAAGCUCCCAAAAUUUAACUACUUGUCUUAGAUGCCACUCAAGGCUCUCAAAAGGGAAACACAAAGCAGGACUGUAGCUUCAGGUAUCUGAAGGUGCAUGUGUAUGUCUCUGUCUCUCUCUCAGGAGCUAGAGGUGCUCCUAUCCUAGUGCUUUAAUUUUAUCAGAAAUGUGUUUUUUUAAUAUGGGCUCUGCCUGCACCCACUAAUUGUGCUAUUCUUCAUAUCACAGAGCGGUCUUUAAGCACAUGAACCGUUUUUAUCAGGAUGAAACUAAACAAGCAUCACAUCUAUAUAAGUUCCAGGUCCUAAUGGGCUUUCAGACCAUGCAGCCCAACUGAAAUGAGUUCAGAGUAAAAAAACCCUCUGACACGCUGCCAAUGAUACUGCCAGGUUCUGGUGCCAGGCAUUUCUGUGUCUGUGGGGCUGCUGCUUGUGCGCUGUGGGUGCUUGAAGGACCCUAAAAAGCUGAGCUUCCCAGUAUAGUCCACCAGAGCUUAGUGCCUGAAGGGGGAUGUUGUGCUGCGGCAAGGGGCAGAAUGAAGCUGAAAAAGGCUGAGGUUGCCAAGGGCCAGUUAUUCUGCAUCAUUUUCCCUCACCACACUGGGAUAGUAUUGGCUGCAAGGAGGCUACCCCAUGCAGGUCAGCCUUCUCCCUGAUGCAUCUUUUUCCUGGUCUAUCACAUGCAAAUACAUACCUGAAUAUUUACUAUGAGGUCCCCAAGUGUACCUCCCUGUUUCCUCACCCCCGUUAUUCAGACAGAUGGAAAACUGUACUCUCGCCUACAUAAGGGAGCCACCAACUCUUAUACACAGUCAGGGGACAGUGUUAAGGAUUAUGGCAAGAGCAUCUGUGUAGCAGUAAGAGUGCUUGAGUGUAAUUAACAUUCAGGUUAUAGCAAAGUCAUAUCUGUGCUUAAGUGCUUUCCUGACUUGGAGGGUUCUUAAGUGGAAUUUUUGUAUUUUCCUGAAAUAAGUUCUAUAAUGUCAACACAUUUCUACUUGCUUGGCUCAAUUUUCAGGAAGUUUGGUAGAGACAGUGGUUCAUAUCUUGUUGGAAUAAUAGAAAAAAACAUAGGAAUACUGGAAUAAAAAUAAAUUUCUGUUCUGAUUCUGUAUAUUAUUACAGUACAUUACGUAAUCUAUUGAAAUAUAUUGAACAAUUUAAAACUAAAUGCUUUCAUUUACAUUACCUAGUUUUACUACGGUAUACGUGGCUUCCACUUUCAACAACUUUCUCCACAGGAAUCCCAGCUAUAUAUUUUAGAAAUUAUUUUAUUAUUCAGUAUAUACUAAUAUAUAAUGCAGCGUGUGUGUAUGUGUGCGUGUGUGUGUGUGUGUGUGUAUAUUAGUAUAUACUAACGGAAGAUAUUCAGUAUAUAUUAAUGAGAGUUACAUAUUAGGCACAACUAUGAAACAGAAGCAUAAAUCCAUGAAGCUUUACAUUUAAAAACUUAUAAUACUAUAAAGAAACAUAUGUAUAUUAGUUGAAGAAAUGGCUAUUUUUGCAGGAUAUGCACAGUCUGGGUAUAUGAUAAUAAAUUGAUAAACACUAACUAAUUUACUAUUUCAUACCUCCAGGAACUUUUUUUUUUAUUAUUAUUCUUAUCCCUUUAGCAUAUUUGCAGUAUAUAUCAAAAGUUUUAAUUUGUUAUGAAUAAAAAAUGACUGAAAAAAUGUAAUAGAAAGUGCUAUAUAUUUUAUAAAUAUUAGAAAUUUAAGAAAAGCUAUUCAAAUUAUUUAUUUCAUUUUUAGUUAAGGUUUUGUGAUUGUUUGUAAUAUGUAUUUGUGACAAGCAUAAAUCACCUAGUUGUUUAAACUCAUUAAUGUAUCACUAAUAAAAUGCUAUCUUCUGU